ACAAGAUCCGCGAGACCAAGGCAUGUGCACCCUCGACAUCACGUUCGAGCAGAACGUCCAGCCAUCUGCCACGAGAUCCCUCGUGCCCCACCAGAAGCAGUCACAGACCCACACGGCGAACGCCGUCUGCUUUACGCUUGUGACCGCGGACACCUGGCACAGGAGGCUUGGACAUCUCAAUGCUCGGAGCCUGGACAUCCUUCGGAAAGACACGGGUACCGGGGUGGACUAUCGCGACAGUCUCUCCCCUUGUGGGGUCUGCCAGAUCGCGAAACACAAACAGUCCUCCCACCCGAAGCAAUCGACUCACGAACUAUCACGGCCUGGACAACUUGUGGUCAUCGACAACAUGGGGCCUGUUAAUCCACCUGCGAAAUAUAAAGGAGGCUCCUUCCCGUACGCGUGUAAGAUCACCGACGACCACACGAAGAUGAAAGAAGUGUACCUGCUUCGCAAGAAAUCUGACUCGACCGAGGCGGUUCAUACGUACAACAUGUGCGUCGCAGCGGCACGAGGCUACCGGACCGAGACCAUCCGCUGCGACAAGGAAGGCGAGAACACCGGAUCCGAAUUUCGAGACUACUGCAAGAAUUCAGCUCUGAAGCUCGAAUACGCCGCCACCAACACCCCUCAACAAAUUGGUGUAUCGGAACGGGAUGGACAAACCCUGGCCGGAGUCACCCGGUGUCUUCUGGAGGAUGGAGAUUUUCCGCCGUCCAUGUGGGGGGAGCUAAUGCUGACUGCAGCAUACCUGUUGAACAGGUCCCCACAGUCAGCACCGAGGGGAGCUACGCCAUACUCGAAGUUGCACAGUAAGUCACCUGAUCUCUCGGGACUUCGGGCCAUUGGAGCGCGCGCCUUCGUACACCACGAGAGAUACCGAAAGAAGCUGGACGACAGAGCUUUCGAAGGCAAGCUAUAUGCAUACCUGUUGAACAGGUCCCCACAGUCAGCACCGAGGGGAGCUACGCCAUACUCGAAGUUGCACAGUAAGUCACCUGAUCUCUCGGGACUUCGGGCCAUUGGAGCGCGCGCCUUCGUACACCACGAGAGAUACCGAAAGAAGCUGGACGAUAGAGCUUUCGAAGGCAAGCUAUAUGGUUUGGGCCUCUACAGCCAGACCNACCAUAUAGCUGGACGACAGAGCUUUCGAAGGCAAGCUAUAUGGUUUGGGCCUCUACAGCCAGACCUACCGGCAAACGGGUACGAGAGCGACAUGCUGAGCUUCACCUCCCUGCUGGACAGCCCCCACUCGACGAGCGACCUGGACUUCACGGCGCAGAACGAACUCCUUCGGCAAGAAGUCCGGAAGAUGCAGCAAGACAAUCUCGGUCGGGAGGAGCUUCGCCUAGAACUGGACGGGAAAGAGGAUGAACAUGACAACGGGCAGGAUCUCAGCGACGGGGUCGCCCCAUCACCGCAUCUCUCAUCGACACCAGCUGGACCGUCAUCCGAAACCCACGCAUCUAGCCCCAGCCCAUCAUUGUCGAACCCGUCCGAACCGGACACUUCAGUGUCAACUGGAUCCUUCUGCAUCCGGCGCCUGCAAGUCACCAGAGCUAGCACGCACGGGAAGCCCACCAACGACGAUCAGAUCGACGUUAACUUGGUUCCUGCCGAUCUGCAAGUCACCAUGAACGACCGCGGUCGAGCCCAUGCUGCAACGGGCCGCGUGGAGCCAUCCGGUGUUUCCUUCACUCAGCUGGCUGAGAUAGCCGAUCAAGCCCAGCUCCCAUGCCCUGGCGAUACUGAGGAUUUCGCCCACGUGGCGGAAGACCCCUUCACUGUGCCGCGUGCUAACGCCCACGUCACGACCACUCACGACCACCACGGGAUCUUGGAGGAGACGAAUCAAGCCAUUGAGAUCCCCAACACCUACGACGAAGCCAUGAGCUCUCCCCAACGCGAAGAAUGGGAAGGAGCGUGCAGCAAGGAGACGGACAAUCUGCGGAAACACAACGUCUACAAUCUGGUGCCCCCCAGUAGCGUUCCCAGAGAAGAGAAGAUCCUCGCAACGAAAUUCGUCAAGAAAAAGCUGGAUGGACUCUUCAAAGCUCGCCUGGUAGUCGGAGGACAUCAUCAAGAGCCAGGACUGGAUUACGGACGCAGCUACGCCCCAGUAUGCCGUAUGGGGAGCUUUCGCAUGACAUCCGCAAUUGGCUGCCACAACAACUGGCCCAUCUACCAACUGGACGUUGUCGGUGCCUUCCUAAACGCCCUCUGCGACAGAGACGUGUACGUCAGACCCGCCCCCGGCACAUCCGCCAACAACUCCGCGACAGGAGAACUCAUGGUGUACAAACUAGAACGGAGCCUCUACGGCCUAUCGCAGUCGCCGGCGCUCUGGAACGACACCCUGGACGAGUCUUUCACGGUGUUCAAAUGGAAGAAAACUCAACCCGACCCCUGCGUGUACGUGUAUACCAGCGGCAACAUCAUCGUGAUUCUCACGGUCUGCGUAGACAACAUUCUCAUCACGGGAGGAGACCAGCAGCCCGUCGACCAGACGAAGAAGGAGCUCAUGGAUCGAUUCGAGAUGACCGACAUGGGAGAGGUAAAGCGGAUCCUCGGGAUCGACGUAGAGCGGUAUCUCGAGGAAGGAACCCUGGCCAUUUCACAGGAGCACUACGUGAACACACUUCUGGAGCGGUUCGGAAUGCAAGAGGCCAACCCAGUGAGCACUCCUGGAUACGGAGCGGAAAUCUCCACGAAUCAACAGGGCCAAUCCUAGGACCCACGGACAAGAAAAUCUACCAGUCGAUGACGGGAAGC